CUCCAAACACCCCGCCCACCGUGAUAUGCAGCCGGCCGCGGUGCCUAUAAAACCGGCGGCGCGCAACCUCACUCUGCAGUUUUAUUUUAGUCAUCGACUCAGACACGUUCAAAAGAUGCUGAAGGCGACACUGUUGUUGGCGGCCCUCGGCGUGGCCCGCGCUGGCGUGGUGCCCGUGCAGCAGCACCAGCAGCAGCAGCUGCAGCUGCAGCCGCAGCAGUACCUGGCCCAGGGCCCGGCCCCCACGUACAUCGCCGCCGCCCCCGCCGGCUUCGGCCAGCAGGUCCGCGCCCUGCCCCCCAUCUACCGCACUGCCGCCCCUGCCGCCGUUGCUGUGCCCCAACAGGCCCUGUACCGCGCCGCCCCCGCCCCGGCCGCCGUCGCCAUCAACCCUGCCCAGUUCGCCUACAGGCCUGCCGUGGCCGCCGCCCCCGCCCAGUUCGCCUACCGCACUGCCGCGCCUGCCCCCGCCCCCGUGGCCGCCGCCGCUCCUGCCCCCGCUGCCGCCCCCAUCCAGGACUACCAGAACCAGGCCCUCGCCGCCCAGAGGGCAGUCCAGGCCCGUCCCCAGGCCGCCAACGCCCUCCGCCGCGUCCCUGCCCAGCAGACCCAGCAGCCCGAGGAGGACUACGACCCCAAUCCCGCCUACAACUUCUCCUUCGACGUCAAGGACGAUCAGUUCACCAACUACCAGAACCGCAAGGAGCAGCGUGAGGGAGACCAGAUCAAGGGAAGCUACAGCGUCGUCGACUCUGACGGAUUCAUCCGCACCGUCACCUACACCGCCGACCCCGUCGGAGGAUUCAAGGCCGAGGUGAUCCGCGAGCCCACCGACAUCAAGGUGUUGAUCCCCACCCCCGCCCCUGCCACCCAGGCCGCCCAGCGCGCCGCCGCCCCCAGAGUGGCCCAGCAGCAGUACCAGCCCCAGCCCCAGCAGUACCAGCAACAACAGUACCAGCCCCAGCAGCAGUAUCAGGCCCAGCAGUACCAGCAGCCCGCCGCCGUUUGAGUUGCUCCUCGAAGCAAGCGAACAGCAGAGCGAGGCUGACACGACAAUUAUUGCUCGUGUUGAAAGACUCAAAAUUCAACCAGUGUGACUGCGUUACUUCCUGUUUCUAUAGUGAGCCGCCGAAAAAGUCAAGUGCCUGUCCGCGCGGACCGCUUUUGUAUUUUUGUUCUCUUCGCGGAAUGCGUGUGGUGCAAUAAAAAAUUUGUACAAAAACCAA